CGACAACUCCUUCACUUCUCACAACAAAGCUAUACAACCAUGUCUCUCGCCAAGAACAUCCUCCUAUUCGGUGCAACGGGCAACAUUGGCUCAUUCAUCCUGGACGCCAUCCUGCCCGAGCGCUCCCAAUUCGGCCGCGUAGCCAUCUUCACUUCCCCGCACACAGCCGAAACCAAAGCCUCACAGCUGAACAAGCUGAAAGAGCAAGGCGUAGAAGUGAUUGUGGGUAAUGUCGAAGACGAGAAUGCCGUGAAAGCAGCAUACGAAGGAAUCGACACUGUGAUCUCAGCACUAGGCCGCAACACCCUGGCCCAACAGAUCCCCCUCAUCAGACUCGCAGCGGCCAGCCCCACCGUGAAAUGGUUCCUGCCCUCCGAGUACGGCACGGAUAUCAAGUACGGACCGGCUUCGGCGAACGAGAAGCCCCACCAGCUGAAGCUGAAGGUGCGCGCGUACCUCGAGGAUGAGAUCUCGCGUGAUGACCUUGCCUAUUCGUAUGUAGUUACUGGCCCAUUUGCGGAGAUGUAUCUUAAUCUCGUGCCUGGGUUGGAGGAGGCUGGUGGGUGGGAUGUUAAAGGCCAAAAGGCAGUUUUGUUGGGUGAGAAGGGGAAGGGAGAGGUUAGCUUGACGACGAUGAAAGAUGUUGGAACUCUCGUCCUGAACACUCUGCUUCAUGCUACGGCUGAGACGCGCAACGCUGCCUUGUGUGUUAAUUCGUUUACUACGAGCCCCGACCAGAUUCAGGCGGAAUUUGAGCGUCAGCUUGGUCAGCCGUGGGAUGUGUCUCGCACAUCGCUGGAGAAGUUGCGCGAGGCGGAGGCUGCGGCGUGGGAGGCUGGGAAUCCAGCGGCUACUGUGUUGACUUUGCGUCGGAUCUGGGGCGAAGGCGGGACGCUGUAUGCGAAGCGGGCUAAUGUGUUGAUUGGGGAGCCGAAGGUGAUGGGGCUGGAGGAGGUGGUUGCGAAUGAGAUCCAGAGGGUAUUGAAGUUGUAGAUAGCUUGUCUUCAUUUUUUUUUUAAACAUACUAGUUAGCCACAUAGAAAAGGCG